AAUUUCACGUUAGCCCUCUCUCAUCCCUUCACCACCUUUGGGUUUCAUUCCCUAUAAAUACCCCUCUCCCAUAGUUCAUAAAUCUUCGAGAUCAAUAUCGGGGUUCGAAGUCGAGAUCAAGUCAUCGUUCUUCAUUUCCCGAUUCAAUCUCGUUUUCUGUGGAUACCGUUCUCUCUUGUUGUGUCGUUCUCCCGGAGUCAAGAUAUAUAUAAUCUGUAGGUAGUAUUUAGCUGUUCUUGUCGGUGUCGGAGUGGCGAUUAGUAGAAGUAGGGUUCUUUCUUAUGUGCUAAACAUGGUGGCGAGACUUCUCCUGACGUUCGCGAUAUGUAGGCUCAUAGUGACCGUAGGGUUGAACGUCGAACCAGCCGAGCUCCUGAGGCUUGGGUUCGGCGGGGGCCAUGUCAGCACGGAGCGGCACGACCUCGAGGCGGCAUCCCUCGACUUUGGUCUGAUGGCGCGGGCCGAGGCGUCCCCGCUCGUCGUCUUCCACCCUUCCUUGGCCGAGGACGUGGCGCGUGCUGUCAGGGCAGCUUAUUCUGGGGGGUUCGUGGUCUCUGCCCGGGGACACGGGCACUCGAUCAACGGGCAGGCUCGUGCAGCCGGAGGAGUGGUGGUGAAGAUGACGUCAGGAGGCGGCGGUGGGAGGGUGGCAGCAGAGGAGGGGUACGUGGACGCGUGGGGCGGGGAGUUGUGGAUCGAUGUGCUGAGGAGGACGUUGGAGUACGGAAUGGCGCCGAGGUCGUGGACGGAUUAUCUGUAUCUGACGGUGGGAGGGACGUUGUCGAACGCCGGCAUCAGUGGGCAGGCGUUCCAUCACGGGCCGCAGAUUAGCAAUGUCCACGAGCUUGACGUCGUUACUGGAAAGGGUGAAAUAUUGACAUGCUCGGAGGGACAAAACCCGGAGCUGUUCCAUGCCGCACUUGGCGGUUUAGGCCAGUUCGGGAUCAUCACUAGGGCUCGAAUAGCCCUCGAACCGGCCCCUCAAAGGGUGAGAUGGAUCCGAGUACUCUAUUCUGAUUUCUCCACAUUCACGGCAGAUCAGGAAUAUCUCAUAUCACUGCAUGAUCGAAAGUUCGACUAUGUGGAGGGAUUCGUCAUAGUGGAUGAGGGCCUAAUUAACAAUUGGAGGUCCUCCUUCUUCUCCCCUCGCAACCCUGUCAAGAUCUCCUCCCUCGGCACCAAUGGAGGUGUCUUGUAUUGCUUGGAGGUCACCAAGAACUAUGGCGAAUCGAACGCUGACUCAAUCGAUGAGGAGGUUGAGGCCUUGAUGAAGAACCUGAAUUUUAUACCGUCUUCGGUGUUCUCAACCGACCUUCUGUACGUGGAUUUCCUGGACCGGGUCCACAAGGCCGAGCUCAAGCUGCGGUCUAAGAACCUGUGGGAAGUGCCUCACCCGUGGCUCAACCUCUUCGUGCCCAAGUCGAGGAUAGCCGACUUCGACAGAGGUGUGUUCAAGGGCAUCCUGGGGAACAAGAACAAGACCAGUGGGCCCAUCCUCAUCUACCCGAUGAACAAAGACAAGUGGGAUGAAAGGACCUCCGUGGUGACGCCGGAUGAGGACAUCUUCUACUUGGUGGCAUUGCUAAGAUCGGCUUUGGACAAUGGGGAAGAGACCCAGAGCUUGGAGUAUCUGACGGAUCAGAACCAUAGAAUCCUCGAGUUCUGCGUCCAAGAAGGGAUUGAUAUCAAGCAGUACCUGCCUCACUACACGUCGGAGGCAGAGUGGGCCGGUCACUUCGGGGCUAAGUGGGACAAGUUUCGCCGAAACAAGAUGCAGUUCGACCCAAAGCACAUAUUGGCAACUGGGCAGGGGAUAUUUAAGCCAGGCCUCAUCCCUCAGCCCCGCGCGGCCGCUUGGUGAUCGCACACAUCGGACAUGAACCUGGGAGACAGCGGAAUGAAUCUAGGGAUAUUUGUACAUAAAUAUAAUUAUUAGGGGGGGAGAAGGGCAAAUAGUGAGGAGACACGUGGAUAUUUUUAUUUUUAUUUUUAUUUUUUGGUCAUGAUUGAUUAAAUAAUGAUCAAGCCAAUUAUUCGAAGCUCGAAAAGGGGGUUUUUUCACGGUGUGGUGGGGGACAGGACGGCGUUGGGCAUCUGUUCGGGUGAGACCGGUAACCCGACGGCUGAUGCGAGCUUGCAUCUUCGACUGGGUCCCGCGCAGGUACAUGACCUGUCGUCCGGCUAUGCUUAGCUGGCCCAUGAUUUUCCGACCGCCGUAGACCUGUCCCAAGCACAGAAUAUACCGGGGAGACAUUCUCUGCGCCUCUUUUCUUUCUUUUUUCUUUUUGGGGUCUUUGCAGCCUCUGGAGGAGGGCCGAGCUGACAUUACUGUUUUACCCUUCCAGUUUCUUCUUGUUUCACUUUAUCUAUUUAAUGAAUCAUUUUCAUGGGUAA